UGCCAGAAACAUGGAGCAUCUGCGCCGGAGCACGCGAUAAAUCCGCUAGCCUUUUUCGUCUAGUGCAUGUUGUGGGGUGAAUUUCCAAUGCACCGUUGCCAACGAGGCCCGAAGCCCCAUCAACAAACACAGCACGCCGACCCGUGCGCCCCUUCACACCCACUCUUCGCUCCCAUAUAUUAUCUCACCCCCUACGGUGAUCCAUUGCCCUCCCGUCACGACCACUUCCAUCCGAAAUCGCAACGUCAAACACUCAAGAUGGGCGAGUCAAGGCAAGAACUAGUCGCAUGGCUCAACAACCUCCUUCAGCUUAACAUCACGAAGGUCGAACAGUGCGGGACAGGCGCCGCGCUUUGCCAGGUGUUCGACAGCAUCUUCUACGAUGUGCCCAUGGCGAGAGUGAAGUUCAACGCCAACACAGAAUACGCAUAUCUGCAAAAUUUCAAAAUACUGCAGAACACAUUCGCCAAGCACCAUGUCGACAAACCUAUCCGCGUCGAAUCCCUCAUCAAGUGCAAGAUGCAGGACAACCUCGAGUUCCUCCAAUUCGUAAAGCAAUACUGGGACCAGCACUUCCCUGGCCACGACUACGACCCCGUCGCCCGCCGCGGCGCGAAAGCAGUACCCGGAGGCGGCGGCGGCGCACCUGCACCCCGAGCCGCGCCCGCAGCAGCCAGGAGAGCCCCUGCCGCCAGCAACACCGCCGCCCCGCGAACCCGAACGCCGCUCGCGGCCUCAGGAGGCGCAGCAAGCGCAGCUCUGAAGGAAGAGAACACACAACUUAAGGAGACUGUGUCUGGUCUGGAGCGCGAGCGCGACUUCUACUUCAGCAAGCUGAGGGACAUCGAGCUGCUCAUCCAGCAAGCUAUGGAGGCCGACCCCGAGCUCGAGAAGGACGAGGGGCUCCUGAAGCAGAUUCAGACCAUCCUCUACUCGACCGAGGAGGGCUUCGAGAUCCCCGCCGAAGGCGCCGAGGGACUCGACGAGGAGACUUUCUAGAGCAUUCGCGAAUUGCUGCCCUGCAAGGUUACAUUUGAGACCAGAGUCAGCAUGUUUCUUUAGCGCCUCAAUGUAAGGAGCUUAAUUUUCAAGCCAUGAACUCGUGCGAGGGCAAGGUUCUUUGAACGCCAACGGAGGGCGAGGGGAGCAGAUGACCGUAUGUGUUCAUCGAUAUUGCAUUGGGGGCGCGAGCCGGGAUACCACUUUUCUGCGUUUUGACGAAUAACGAGUCGCACAUGGAAGAUGUGUGCGAUAUGAGUGGAUGUAGCGACACUGAAUACUGAUCCAACGUUCCUCUUCGCCGCGCUCACCGUGAUAGAAUAGCGAAGUAUUGUAGUAAUCACUGUAGCCGUUAUUACUUUACUCCUGACCCUGUCUCUACCCACACAGCUCUC